AUUCUCUUUCUCCUUUGUCUGUCGUUUCUUCUCGCUCGUGGGGUUUCUUUCCUUUUUUUUUUUAAUUCAAAUUUUCUCUAUAUUCUCUGCUCUAUGUUGUUUUAUUCUUUUUACUUGAUGAAAUCUUAUAUUCAAAUUUUUGGCAUAUAAAAAUUUCCGUUUUUUUGUUGUUUUUUCCUUUCUGGGUUUUGUCCUUCGAUCUCAAAACUUUGUUAUUUGCUGUUAAAUACGUCCUCUCACAUCGAUUCCGAGGGUUUUUUAAGGGAUGAUGAUGAAAUGAUGAAUCAAGCUACUAAUACACAAACGUUAGCUUCAGUUGACCCGAACGCUGUUGAGAACCGGUAUGUUGUUAAUGCAAAUCAAGGGCAGACGUCUUUAUAUGUUCCCUCAACAACUGGUUCAGAAGCUGCAUCAUGGAACAUGUAUAGGGUAGAAAACCACCCUGCAGAAAGUGGAAGUUUUUCAAAUUCCACUUACCACCAUGUGCAGCACAGCGAGCCAUCUUCGAGAACCGUUCAGGAUGGGUCUAAUGCAACAUCUCUUGCCACUUCAUCGAGCUUAGGAGCAGCAAAUACACAACCAGACUAUGGUGGCUAUACUUCAUACUCAAAUUCUGCUGGUACUUAUUCACAUGGGAGCGCAGGUUACCAAGGUUACUAUAGUGGUUAUCAGCAACAACCUAACCCCUCAUACUCUCAGCCAGUAGGAGCAUAUCAAAACACAGGUGCUCCAUAUCAGCCUAUUUCCUCAUUUCAGAAUACAGGGUCUUAUGCUGGGCCUACAAGUUAUUCAAGCACUUACUACAAUCCUGGUGAUUAUCAGACAGCUGGAGGUUACCCAAGCAGCAGUUACACUCAUCAGACUACCACAUGGAAUGGGAGCAAUUAUGCAAAUUAUACUACUCAGCAGUAUUCAAACUACACUCAAGAUUCAAGUGGGGCUUAUGCCGCUGGUAAUGCAGGUGCAAAUUCUUUGCAUUAUCAGCAGCAUUACAAGCAAUGGGCUGAUUAUUACAAUCAAACGGAAGUUAGUUGUGCCCCUGGAACAGAAAAUUUGUCUGUUGUUAGUACAUCCACUCAACUGCCUCAGGUGUCUCAGGUUCCUGGUGUUAGUGGUGGAUAUCCCACUUCAAACAGCCAAGCCCCGACAACUUUUGCUCCACCUUGGAGGCCAGAGUCCAGUUCAUCUCAAACACCAUUGUUGCAGCCUGGUGCAACUGUCACUGGUGCUUAUGAUAGUUACCGCACACAUGGGGCUCCAAGUUUUCAAAAUCAGCAUCCUAGUCCUGUACAGCCACAUUUUGUGAAGCCUUUGGAAUCCAAAUCUUCAUAUGGUAACUUUCAGGAACAGCAAAAAACUGCUUGCCCUCAACUUCCCAAUUUACAGUAUCCUGUGGCUCAGCAGGCACCUCAAAAUUACCAACCACCUACGCAAACCGUUCAAUCAUUAGAGACACAAAGGGUAAGCAAACUACAGAUUCAAACAAAUCCCAGAAUUGCCUCUAAUUUGCCAUUAGGUUUACCAAAAUUGGACAAAGAGGGCCCCAACAACAAUGCAAUAGCAAAACCUGCUUAUAUAAGCGUUUCCCUGCCAAAAUCCAGUGAAAAAGUGUUGUCCAAUGAUGCAGCUGAUACCGUACUUAAGGCUGGUGUGUUCCCAAAAUCAUUAAAGAGUUAUGUUCAAAGGGCGUUGGCUCUAUGUAAGGAUGAAAAGCAAUCGGCAGCAUGCCAGGAAAUCAUGAAGGAGAUAAUUACCAAGGCAACUAGUGAUGGAACAAUUCAUACACGAGACUGGGAUGCCGAGCCUCUCUUUCCAAUACCAAAUACAGAUAUGACUGAUAAGAACAAUUCACAGAAUCCAACCCCUGUUUCUUUAUUUUCAAAGUACAAGAAGAGUCCAACUAGACGGACCAAGAGCAGGUGGGAGCCUUUAGAGGAGAAAUCAGUUGACAAAUUGGGUUCUCUCAACAAUUAUGCUGCAAAAUAUAGUAGCCGAGUUCCUCUUGAUGAAAAGGACAGAAAGCCCAUAGGAGCAAGUUCUGAGGGGAAGACUGAUGUUAUGAAAAAGAUUAGGUUUCCACAGAUGGAGCAGAAAUCUGCUAGUAAAACUAUUCAAAGACAAGCAAAGAGGCAGCGUCUUGCAGAUGCUAGUGCUGCUGAUAAUGGUGAUGCAUCUAGUGAUAGUGACAAGGAACAAAAUUUAACAGCAUAUUAUUCUGGUGCUAUUGCACUAGCUAAUACCCCAGAGGAAAGAAAGAGACGGGAAAAUCGUUCUAAGCGUUUUGAGAAAGUGCAAGGAAAUCGAGCAGAAAGUAAUCACUUUAAGGCCAAAAAUGCGGGCACUGGAAAUCUAUAUGCUAGAAGGACUACUGCUUUGGUGCUUAGCAAGAGUUUUGAAGAUGGUGGCAACAGGGCUGUUGAAGACAUUGACUGGGAUGCACUAACUGUGAGAGGAACAUGCCAGGAAAUAGAGAAACGAUACUUGCGUCUUACUUCUGCUCCAGAUCCCUCCACUGUAAGACCAGAAGAAGUUCUGGAAAAAGCUCUGCUUAUGGUUCAAAAUUCCCAAAAGAACUACCUUUAUAAGUGUGAUCAAUUGAAGUCUAUUCGCCAAGACUUAACUGUCCAAAGAAUUCGUAACCAUCUAACAGUAAAGGUUUAUGAAGCUCAUGCUCGAUUUGCUUUGGAAGUUGGGGACCUGCCUGAGUAUAAUCAGUGCCAAUCACAGCUGAAAAUCCUUUAUGCUGAAGGAAUCAAGGGUUGCCAUAUGGAGUUUGCUGCUUAUAAUUUACUUUGUGUUAUAAUGCACUCAAAUAACAACAGAGAUCUUUUAUCAUCAAUGUCACGGUUAUCUGCUGAAGCAAAGAAGGAUCAAGCUGUUCAGCAUGCACUUGCAGUUCGCGCAGCAGUGACUUCAGGAAAUUACGUCUUGUUCUUUAGAUUAUACAAAACGGCGCCUAACUUGAACUCCUGCCUUAUGGAUCUUUAUGUUGAGAAAAUGAGAUAUAAGGCUGUAAGCUGUAUGUCUCGUUCUUAUCGUCCUCAAGUACCGGUUUCGUACAUUGCUCAGGUGCUGGGCUUCAGCAAUGGUGUGCUUACAAAUGAAGGAAGUGAUGAGAAAGAGUCGGAUGGAUUGGAGGACUGUGUUGACUGGUUAAAGGCACACGGUGCAUGCCUUGUUGUGGAUAGUAACGGAGAGAUGCAGCUUGAUGCUAAGGCAUCAUCUUCGACUAUCUACAUGCCGGACCCUGAAGAUGCUGUGGCCCAUGGCGAUUCCAGUCUGGCAGUUAACGAUUUUCUGACACGGACAUCAUCAUAGCCUUGUACUCCUUUUUAAAAGUGUAUUCGAAAGCAUUAGUAAGACGAUGAAGUGUGAAGCAUUUGCCAAAUCGCUAUCAGAGAAAGAGUGGGAACAUUUUGUUUAAGGCGUGGCAAAAUCCGAAAGACCCAACAUCUGACGACGUUUCUUGUACCCUAAGAAAGAGUAUGAUCCCAUUUGUAUACCAUGAAAAACUAAUUCAAAAAGAACUCAAAAUCCUCUCAGAAACGGGUUGCUAAGAUGGCAGAUUGAGAGAGAGUCGGUUGAGUUAGGCAAGUAGCAAUGUAGUUUCUUUUUAUUGAGGUUUGUUUUCUGAAAACAUAUAUAGAUUCAUUCUUUGUUGGUGAAAAGACCGAACAUAGAUGUAUUUCAGGAAGAUGAUAAUAAGGAAAAUUAGUCUCCCUGUUUGAUA